CUAUCUUCUAAGUCAACAAACUAUCUACCUUUGAGUUACUUAUCACCAAUAAUUCGUCCAUAUCAAUACAAUUGAGUCCUCUAUCGGGCUUUUGAUUUGGGAAGCGGUCAUCGUUUUCCUCAAACUAAUAUAAAUAUGGUUCAGUCUGGCCGCGAAGCCUUUAGCACCCUCCAUAGCUCCGAUUUCAACGCAACUCUUCGAUUUUCACAACAGGCGCCCUCAAUACUGAGCCAACAGCAUGGUUCCUCUGCAAAUAUAUUCUCCAUCCCUACUGCAGAGAACCCAGAGCAGCAUGUGGCCAUGGAGAUGCUGUUGUUAGCUUGCCUUCGCGCAGGAGAUGACAAGUCGGCAAAGCUAUGCCUUGAACAGCUAUCACAGCGUUUUGGCCCUUCCAAUGAGAAAAUAAUGGGGCUUCGGGGCCUUUACAAAGAAGCUACCGCGGAGAAAAUGUCAGAUUUGGAAGACUGUCUGCGAGAAUACGACAGAAUUCUUGCGGAGGAUCCCGUUAAUAUGCCUGUUCGUAAACGUCGUGUUGCAAUCCUGCGCUCAAUGUCUAGACCACUGGACGCUAUUUCUGCUUUGGUUGAGCUUCUAGAGGCGGUACCUACAGAUGCUGAGGCAUGGUGUGAACUUGCAGAUCUCUACCAAUCCCAAGGAAUGAGCUCUCAAGCAAUCUUCAGCAUCGAGGAGGCUCUUUUGAUUUCGCCUCAUUCGUGGAAUCUACAUGCUCUUGCGGGCGAACUGCUUUAUAUUGGCGCAUCGUCUGCGGAAGUUGAUACGUCCACAUGUAGACUCAUAUCCAGAUCGAUUCGUCUAUUUAGCAGAAGUAUUGAACUGUGUGAAAACUAUUUACGAGGCUAUUACGGCUUGGCCUUGGCCACUUCGUUUCUUCUCGAAAAACAGUCACUACUUAGUAUUUCUCAAAACGACUCAUCAUUUGAUACACAAUCGCUUCCGACACUGCAGAAGUUGAAUGCCUUUGCUAUAAAAAAGCUCCACGAUCUCGUCAAGUCACGGUCCUCGGAAUAUGAUGAGUGGGAGUAUAGCCAAAGUGAAUUGAUCGCCGCAAAGGGGUUAUUAGAUCGUCUAAAAGAGUCGGCGGCUUAGUCGAAAUAAAAAGGGUUGACCAUCCUCAUUCCCUUUUCUUGUCCUAUCGUGCCCUUUUCUUGGAGUAAAGAUAUUCUUCCUCUCUCAAUCAUGAUACAUUAUGUACUAGGUUUGCUAUUGUCAAAUAGGAUUUACCAUAAUAGUUACCAGGUAAUCAUUUUAUUCUUAUGGU